AUGUCGUCCAAACCGGGGUGUACGUUGUGGCGCUCUGUGUGGUCCGCGGCCUUCCUUUUGUCCGUCCUGCUCAUCGGUUCGCUCUACUACACCCCAUCUUUUCAAUGUCUGACCCAAGAACCUAAACCUGAACCCAUCGUGCACCCUGCACACCGCCCCGUCUUGGUGCUCAUCUGGCUCUGGCCUUUUAACCACACCUUUGAUCUUAACAUCUGCAGCUCGCACUUCAACAUUCACAGCUGUGUCUUAACAGCCGACCGGAAUUUCCUCGAUAAAGCCGACGGAGUCCUGAUCCACCACCGGGACAUCUCUUGGGAUGCGUCGAAUCUCCCAUGGUUUCUUCGGCCGCCCCAUCAGAAGUGGAUCUGGAUGAAUUCCGAGUCGCCCUCGAACACGGCCUGGAUCUCCGGCCUCGAUGGCCUGUUUAACGUCUCGCUGAGCUACCGCAAAGACGCCGACAUCAGCGUGCCUUACGGCUCUCUGGUUCCAGUCGACCAAGAUGACUUUGUGGACUUUGUACCUUCUGAAAAGGACAAACUUGUCUGCUGGAUAGUUAGCAACUACAAGCCGGAACACAGGAGGAUGCAGUAUUACGAGCAACUGCGCAAGUACGUCCAGAUUCACGUCUACGGCGACUUGUUCGAGAAUCACGUUUCUCAGCAGGAGUACAAGGACAUCAUCUCGAGCUGCAAGUUCUACCUGUCCUUUGAGAACUCCGUGCACAAGGACUACAUCACAGAGAAACUGUUUAACGCCCUGGAUCUGGGGGCCGUCCCCGUCGUCUUCGGCCCGUCCAGACAGAAUUAUGAGCGCUUCGUCCCUGGAGAUGCCUUCAUCCACGUGGACGACUUCCCCUCCACCAGGGCUCUGGCAAAGCACCUUUUGCGUUUGCACCAUAAUGACGCCUUGUAUCUCAGGUACUUCAGAUGGAGGGAACGUUUCCGAGUAAAGAAGACGUCCUUCCCGGUGGAGAACGUGUGCCGGUGUUGCGAGUACCUCCAACGGAACAGGCAAUACCAAGUGCUUACUAAUCUGUACCAGUGGUACUGGGAUAUGAAUGAAGGACUUGAUCUGCCACCAUCCUCCUUCUAAUCUGAACACA